GGGACUGCUGGCCUCGCUGGCGUGGACGUUUUUGGGUGGCGCGUUGGUCCUCACUCCCGGAACUGUGCUGGGAAGGAUGGUGCGGAGACUGGGGCUCACUUCCGCACCGUUGUAGCACCCGGGGUAGGGUGUUGAGUCCGUGGGAGCUGCCCCACGCGGCCUCGUCCUGCCAACGGUCGGAUGGCAGAGGCGAAGGACGCAGCGCAGAUGUUGGUGACCUUCAAGGAUGUGGCUGUGACCUUUACCCAGGAGGAGUGGAGACAGCUGGACCUGACCCAGAGGACCCUGUACCGAGAGGUGAUGCUGGAGACCUGUGGGCUCCUGGUUUCACUAGGGCAUCGGGUUCCCAAACCAGAGUUGGUCCACCUGCUAGAGCAUGGGCAGGAGCUGUGGACAGUGAAGAGAGGCCUCUCACACCCUACCUGUGCAGGUGACAGAACACAAGUUCAUACCAGAGAGCCAACCACUUACCCACCAGUCUUAUCUGAGCGGGCCUUUCUCCGGGGAAGCCUGACUCUGGAAUCUUCAACCUCAAGUGACUCGAGGCUGGGGAGAUCUAGGGAUAAGGAAGGGCUUUUGAAAAUGACACCAGAGACAGACCUCCACAAGGAGACCCAUCCUGGGAAAGCGAGCCUUGAAGGUGAAGGUUUGGGGACAGAUGAUGGUCUGCACUCCAGGGCAUUACAAGAGUGGUUAUCAGCAGAUGUUCUCCAUGAAUGUGACUCACAGCAACCAGGGAAAGAUGCCUUGAUUCAUGCAGAGACAAACCCCUACAAAUGCAAGCAGUGUGGGAAAGGUUUUAACAGGAAGUGGUAUCUUGUUCGACAUCAGAGGGUUCACACUGGAAUGAAACCCUAUGAAUGCAACGCGUGUGGGAAAGCCUUUAGCCAGAGCUCAACUCUCAUUCGGCACUACCUCAUCCACACUGGGGAGAAACCAUACAAGUGCCUUGAGUGUGGAAAGGCCUUCAAACGCAGGUCGUACCUCAUGCAGCACCAUCCAAUCCACACUGGAGAGAAACCCUAUGAGUGCAGUCAAUGUCGAAAGGCCUUCACCCACCGGUCUACUUUCAUUCGCCAUAACAGGACCCACACUGGAGAAAAACCCUUUGAGUGCAAAGAAUGUAAGAAAGCCUUUAGCAAUAGGGCCCACCUAAUUCAACACUACAUCAUCCACACUGGAGAGAAACCAUAUGAUUGCAUGGCGUGUGGAAAGGCCUUCAGAUGCAGCUCAGAACUCAUACAGCACCAGCGGAUUCACACUGGGGAGAAGCCCUAUGAAUGCACCCAGUGUGGGAAGGCCUUUCACCGGAGCACAUACCUCAUUCAGCACUCUGUCAUCCACACUGGGGAGAUGCCCUACAAGUGUAUCGAGUGUGGGAAGGCCUUCAAACGCAGGUCACACCUUCUGCAGCACCAAAGAGUCCAUACAUGAGAGAACCCUAUUGUUGCAAUGAAUAUAGCAAAGCCUUCACCCACUGUUCUUAUCAUUCAUAAUGGGACCCACACGGGAGGAAGAAGCCCUUCGAGUGCAAAGAAUGUCAGGAAACUUCAUUUUUUUCCUCAGCUCUUUCUUAACUAACACAUGAGCAGUCACUUUGGAGAGAAACCCUGUGAAUACAGUGAAUGUAAGGAUCCCUUCAGUCACCACUCAGUUCUCACUCACUGCAGAAGGAUUCAUGCCAGAGGGAAAUGUGGAAGGCACUCCAUCAACAUCAGAGGACUCAGGCUGGAGAAACAUUCCAAAUAUAACUCUUAAGGACAGUCUUUGGCCAGAGAAAAAAUCUUACUGUCCGAGCAUCAUAAUGAAAAGUUACUACAUAAUUGUCAUUGAUGUGAGAAAACUUUCUGUGACCAGUUUGUCACUUACUUGUCCUAUAAAGAGCCAUGCUGGAAUUUGACCCACCUCGGGAUUUACUCUAUGAACUUAUGAAAACCUUCAGUCACAGGACAGAGUGCAGUUUCCUUUCCCCUGGGAAGGAGAGUUGACUCUUGAGGACCACCACCCUCCUGCAUCCUUUCUCUGGAAGGCUGCAUGUAUUGUAGCUGUGGCUGUACUUGUACCUAAGGCCCUGGAUUCAAGAGAGUUGGAGAAAUCCCUCUAGAAACAUAUUGGCUGUCAUCAAAGGGUUCUUUCCAGGCCUGAGGACCUAGGCCCCAGUUUGUCCCAAAGCAGGAGUGAUGUUUUCCAUGGGAUAAAGGACACCCUGGGGUUUUUCUUAGCUUUCAACUCUUUCUGUACAGUCUUAAAGCGUUUGGUAAAAGGAUCUACUAUGAACUUGCUGCUGUGAUAGACAAGAAUCUCAUGAGACACCUGUCAUUUAGCUCCAUGGCCACUCACUGUUGUGUUCAUAUUUGGAAGAGUAGGAUGCAGUGGAUGGCUGGGCUAGGGGUCCUGCCUUUGAGCAGGGAAGGAACUUACUGUCUAGUAUAGGAAAAACACAUGAGAACAGGUGCAAUAUAUUGACCUAAACUUGUUUAGCACCCAUUUUUAAGUCAAUAAAAGUUGUGAACUUCA